GUUCUGGUCUGAAUUUAACUGCGGCAAAUGGGACACCAAUCCCUUAUAAAGGCUGGGUGGAAGCUAGAUUUAGAUUAAACCGAGAAGAUGAAAAAGAAGUAACAGUACCAUUCUUAGUAACACCCGAACAGUUGGAACAACCAAUAAUUGGUUACAAUGUUAUUGAACUGUUUUUACAAGAAGGUGAAAACUACUCAGAUAAUUUAUCAGUGGCACACCAUAUAGUGUCAAGUUUUAAUAAUGUUGGAGUGAAAGAUGCUGAGCAAUUGAUAAACAUUAUCCAAAGAAAUGAUGGGGAGUUGUUUUGCCAA